CAUUUUCCGCAAAGCCUCACCGUGUAUAAACCGACCAAUCAAUAAUCAGCUCUGAGGACGUCUGGCGUCGCAAAUUUUGAACGCAGGGCGUCGACACGACCCAAACAAAGAGACAUCGCAGUGCCAAAACGUCACCUCGUCUGUGUUUUUCCACGGCAAGACAUCGCGGAAAAAAGGAUGAGUGUCAAGAUCCGUUUGGUCGUAACAAACUAAAUUUCUCUCCCGAAUGCGCAGUUCUCAUCGAAAUUAUUAUCGUAAUUAAGGGUGGCAACCCUGAAGGUCGAUUUUUCCGCCCGUCCAGUUUAAUUAUCUUUAAUUAGUAUGCACAGAGUGGCUUCCCUGUUUGCGUCACGAUCAAAUGACGACAGUGUAAAUAGUGUACAGUUAACGGAAGGCAUCAGUAGCAGUGCCACCCACAUACGCUACCAUGCUGGUACUAGCAUCUGGAAGCAGAGGACCAUGCUGGAGAAGGCCCUUUUAGUACUUGUAGCCACCCUCUUUUUCGUGAUUGUCGUUCUUACGAUUAUUCUACAUUCGGCGGAACACAGGAUACGUGAGUCCAGAAUAAUUCACGUACAGUCAGAGGAUGCCCUCCCCUGCCUGAAUAAAUCCUGCGUCCAUAUAGCCAGCAAUAUCCUGGACGCCAUGGACCUCUCUUACGAGCCGUGCGACGACUUCUACUCGUUCUCGUGCAAUGGCUGGGUCAAAACCAACCCGAUCCCAGAUGGCAAGAGCACUUGGGGCACCUUUAUGAAGCUCGAACAACAGAACCAGCUCGUCAUUAAGCACGUGUUAGAACAACCUCUCGAGAACCUCAAGUCCAAGGCGGAGAAGAAGGCCAAGUUAUACUAUGAGUCUUGUUUGGACGCCAACGACACCGUGGAGGAGUUGGGGGCCAAACCUAUGCUGGACCUCCUCAAGAAACUGGGUGGCUGGAGUAUCACCGACAGUGAUUUCAACGCCAACAACUGGUCGUUCCAGAACACAGUCCAGAUGGUACAAAACAAAUAUAACAUAGGAGCCCUUUUUGCGUACAUGGUGGGAGAGGACGACAAGAACUCCUCGAAGUACAUUCUGCAAAUCGAUCAGAGUGGAUUGACGUUACCCACGAGGGAGUACUAUUUGAAUGAGAGUGAACAUGCAAAGGUGCUGGAGGCGUAUCUGGAUUAUAUGACGAAAGUGGGGGUGCUACUGGGGGGCGAGCCAAAUUCGACUAAGGAACAAAUGCAGGCUGUGAUAGAGUUCGAAACUAGGUUAGCGAAUAUUACGACACCGAGUGAGAUGAGGAGGGACGAAGAGGCACUGUACAACUUGAUGACGAUUGCCGAUUUGAAAGCUAGGGCCAAGUUUCUAGAUUGGAGGGCUUUCUUCGAAGAUGCCAUGAGGAUUGUCGGUCGUAAAGUUACCUCAAAAGAAAAAAUCGUUGUUUAUGCCGCUGAGUAUUUGGGCAACCUUUCAAGCCUAAUCCAAGAGUAUCAAAGCACAGUGGAGGGCAACAUCACCUUGAACAACUACCUCGUCUGGCAAACAGUCCGUGUCUUUAGCGGAUGCCUCUCCAAAGCUUUCCGGGACGCCUAUAAAGGUCUUCGCAAAGUCCUCAUGGGUUCUGAAGGCGGAGAGGAACCUCAAUGGCGAUAUUGCGUCCAAGACACCAACAACGUCUUAGGAUUCGCCAUUGGUGCUAUUUUUGUGCGUGAGGUUUUCCACCUUGAUUCGAAAACACAAGCUGAAGAUAUGAUAAAUAAUGUGCGGAACGCAUUCAAGGCCAACUUUGCUAAACUUAGAUGGAUGGAUGAAGAUACACGGAAGGCAGCCAUUGUGAAAGCGGAUGCCAUUUCGGAUAUGAUUGGUUAUCCCGAAUUCGUCCGUGACAUCAAACAACUAGACGAGCGCUACGAACAACUGGAAGUGCGCAGUGACGCAUACUUCGUCAACAAUCUAAACAUCAACUUGUACAAUUUGAAGAAGAACCUAGAAAAGAUUAACGAGCCGGUGAACAAAACAACCUGGAGUAUGGCGCCUUCGACGGUGAACGCGUACUAUACUCCAACCAAAAAUCAGAUGGUCUUCCCCGCCGGCAUACUACAAAGCCCAUUCUACGACCCCACUUUCCCGCCGAGCCUUAAUUAUGGAGGAAUGGGCGUAGUCAUGGGACACGAACUCACUCACGGUUUCGAUGACCAAGGGCGCGAGUUUGAUAAAGAUGGAAAUCUGAAUCACUGGUGGGAGAAUAACACGAUUGCUGCGUUUAAGAAUAGGACGAAGUGUGUCGUCAAUCAGUACAACAAAUACAAGAUCAACGGCAAAUCCAUCAACGGUAACCAGACCCUUGGCGAGAACAUCGCCGACAACGGUGGUCUCAAGGCCGCCUACCACGCGUAUCUCAACCUCAUGAUGGACAAACCUGAGCCGCCGUACCUUCCCGGCUUGCCCUACAACCACAAACAGCUCUUCUUCAUCGCCUUCGCGCAAGUGUGGUGCUCUUCCGUAACCAAAGAGGCAACGGCCCUUCAGAUCGAGAAAGACUCUCACUCGCCGGCCAAAUUCCGCGUCAUCGGCGCCCUCAGCAACCUCAAGGAGUUCAGUGAAGUAUUCAAGUGUGCCGUGGGAACUAAAAUGAAUCCGAAGAACAAAUGUGAAGUUUGGUAAAUUGUGUACAUAUGACCAAUCUAGGGGCCUAAAGGCUUUUAUUUUUCGUUUGGAUGUACCUGAUUUGUAUGGAGCUGGUCGGGACGGACCGCGUUCGAGCCCGGUGCGUCCCAAUCGGGUCCUGCCUCUUCCUGUAGCGCCGAGGUUUAGUUACGAGAUUCUUUCUCAUAUCAACUCAUUUACAUGAACGUGUGAUUAUGGUUCUUGUCCUUGUUUGUGUAAAUUUGUGUACCUAUAUUUUUACUGUGAUAACAAGAAUAAACGUAAAUAUUUAGAGUAA